CACUCCAUCUAAAUACCGACACGAAGCUGUAUUGGAGCGCGCACAGUCUCGAGCUUUUCUCCGUGCUCGGUGACGUCAGUCACCUCUUGGCAGUGGCAGCCAGCAAGUCACUACCGGAGUGGAGGCGCUCGAACAAUACCCAACUACACCAAGUAGGGAAAGAUAGUCAGGGGAAUACUUCCAGUACCGGGCACGUUAACUGUAAAACGGAAUAUUUUCCUCUAUCGCAGCGGAAGAGUAGAUUUAAUCUUACCCCGGAGCUGGGGGUAACGUUCGCAAUACUCUCCGGCAAUGGAUAGACUUUUAACUUGUCUUAUUGCUGCGGGCAGCUUAUUGCUUACAGUUCGAGGCGAAGUAUUCAAAGGGGACUGCAACUUUGAGAGGCCCUACACAGAGUGCGGCUACAGCCAAGGCAAGGAUGACGAUUUCAAAUGGGAGCAGGCCAACACCAAGGAGAAACCCUCGCUCCACCCCUGGAUGCCUACAGGCUCUGCCUUCAUGAUGGUGAACACCAGCGGCCGCUACUUUGGCCAAAAAGCCCAGCUGCUCAUGCCUCCGCUCAAAGAGAACGACACCCACUGCCUCAUCUUCCAGUACUACGUGGCGGGCCAGCGCGAGGGCGCCAACCCGGGCCAGCUCAACAUCUACAUCAAGGAGAACAACAGUCCACUUGGCAUGCCCGUGUGGAAUGCUUCUGGGCCUGUGUACCCCACCUGGAACCAGGUGGAACUGGCAGUCAGCACCUUCUGGCCCAACUUCUACCAGGUUGUUUUUGAGGCAGUGGGCACAGGACAACGAGGCCUACUUGCUAUCAGGGACAUUAGCCUUCAAGGACACCAGUGCAUGAGUACGCCACACUUCCUCCACAUCAAAGGCGUGGAGGUCAACGCCCGCCAGACAGCCACCUUCCAGUGCACGGUUAACGGUCGCCCCCAGGAGAGCCACAACCUCUGGUUACAGGGUAUCGGGGGAAGACAGGCUCCGAUGAGAGAGACCAAACCGGUGAACUCCCGCCGCUACAUCGCCACCUUUGACCUGGAGAACACCACCAAAGGAGACUCGGGUCGCUACCGCUGCAUCGCCCAUUCAGACAAGGGUGUGGGCGUGUCCAGUUACGCAGAUUUGACUGUCAAACAGCCCCCGGUGCCCAUUGCACCGCCCCAGCUCACCGCUGUGGGCGCCACCUACCUGUGGAUCCAGCUCAACGCCAACUCCAUCAACGGCGACGGCCCCAUUGUGGAGCGCGAGGUGGAGUACCGCACGGUGAGCGGCAGCCUUAUCGACAACCAGCCUGUGGACAAGACCACGCACAAGAUCGGACACCUGGACCCGGACACGGAGUAUGAGAUUAGCGUGCUGCUCACCAGACCCCUGGAGGGAGGCACAGGGGCCCCCGGACCCCCCCUGAGGGCCAAGACCAAGUGUGCAGACCCAAUGCACGGCCCCCGGCGACUGGAGGUGGUGGACAUCAAGUCCAAGCAGAUCACAGUGCGCUGGGAGCCCUUCGGAUACAACGUCACCCGCUGCCACAGCUACAACCUGACCGUUCAGUACCGCUACCGGGUCGGCAGCAAGGAAGAGGCCCGCGAGGAGGUGUGCUACGACACGUUGAGCGUGGCCCCGCAGCACACCAUCCGGAACCUGUCGCCCUUCACCAACGUCAGCGUCAAGCUGGUGCUCAGGAACCCAGAGGGCGUCAAGGAGAGCACCGACGUGGAUGUGCUGACGGAUGAGGACGUGCCGGGUUCUGUGCCGCUUCAGUCCAUCCAGGGAAGCACGUAUGAGGAGAAGAUCGCCUUACGGUGGCGGGAGCCUGUCCAGACCUACGGCAUCAUUAAGCAGUAUGAGAUCUCUUACAAGGCCCUCAGCUCCUUUGACACGGAGUUUGACCUUACGAACCAGAGUGGGAAGGUGUUCAAGUUCAGCAACGAGACGUCCCAUGUGUUUGUGGGCCUCUACCCAGGCUCCACCUACUCCUUCACCAUCCGCGCCAGCACCGUUAAGGGCUUUGGACCCCCGGUCAUCACCCAGUUCACCACCAAGAUCUCAGCGCCGUUGAUGCCUGGUUAUGAGCAGGAGACGCCCCUGAACCAGACUGACAGUACCGUCACCGUCCUGCUGAAGCCAGCCCAGAGCAGAGGAGCUCCUGUCAGCAAGUACCAGGUGGUGGUGGAGGAAGAGCGCCCCCGGCGGCUGCGGAGAGCGGCAGAGAUCCUCCGCUGUUACCCGGUGCCCAUCCACUUCCAGAACGCCACGGUUCUCAACUCCCCAUACUAUUUCACGGCUGAGCUUCCCGUGGUGGACAUCAAAACCCCAAUGUCCUUCUGCAUCGGGGACAACCACACCUACGACGGCUACUGGAACGCCCCCCUCCUCCCUCACAAGAGCUACAGCAUCUACUACCAGGCCGUCAGCACGGCCAAUGGGGAGACCAAAAUCGAUUGUGUACGAGUGGCCACUAAAGCCGCCAUAAUCGUGACUCAGCUCACCACUCCCUACAUACGCAUCGCCCCUGCGGCUGGUGACAACCAACUAACAGGGGCUGCGACCAGGAAGCCUGACACUGUGGAGCCCGAGAAGCAGACAGACCACACGGUCAAGAUUGCGGGCGUCAUCGCCGGUAUCUUGCUCUUUGUCAUCAUCUUCCUCGGUGUGGUGUUGGUCAUGAAGAAAAGAAGAACCUAUCAGUCCUACACUUAUUACCUGAAGCUGGCCAAGAAGCGCAAGGAGACGCUGAGCAGCACGCGGCAGGAGAUGACGGUGAUGGUGAACUCCAUGGACAAGAGCUACACGGAGCAGGGGACCAACUGCGAUGAGGCCAUCUCCUUCAUGGACACGCACAGCCACACGCUCAACGGGAGACCUGUCUCUUCGCCCUCGUCAUUCACCAUGAAGACUAACACGCUCAGCACGUCUGUGCCUACUGCCUACUAUCCAGAUCCAUUUGUGCCAACCGCUAUCUUGGUGCCCAUUAAUGACGAGAACCACACCAUGACCAGUGACACAAGUAGCCUGGUCCAGUCCCACAGCCUCUCCUAUAAAAAGAAGAGGGAGGUGGCAGACGUGCCCCCGUACCAGACUGGUCAGCUCCACCCGGCCAUACGCGUGGCAGACCUCCUCCAGCACAUCACCCAGAUGAAGUGUGCCGAGGGUUACGGCUUCAAGGAGGAAUAUGAGAGCUUCUUUGAAGGACAGUCUGCACCAUGGGACUCUGCAAAGAAAGAUGAGAACAGGAUGAAGAACAGAUAUGGCAACAUCAUUGCAUAUGAUCACUCCCGCGUCCGACUGCAGGCUAUCGAGGGAGAGCAGAGCUCCGAUUACAUUAAUGCAAAUUAUGUGGACGGCUACCACAGGCCAAAUCAUUACAUUGCUACCCAAGGACCGAUGCAGGAGACGGUCUACGAUUUCUGGAGGAUGGUGUGGCAGGAGAACACUGCAACUAUCGUCAUGGUGACCAACCUGGUGGAGGUGGGCAGGGUCAAGUGCUGUAAAUACUGGCCCGAUGACACAGAGAUCUACAGGGACAUGAAGGUGACCCUCAUCGAGACCCAGCUGCUGUCCGAGUACGUCAUCAGGACCUUCGCCAUGGAGAAGAGAGGAGCCCACGAGAUCCGGGAGAUCCGUCAGUUCCACUUCACGGGCUGGCCAGACCACGGGGUCCCCUACCACGCCACCGGCCUGCUGGGCUUCGUACGCCGGGUCAAGUCCAAGAGCCCAGCCAACGCGGGUCCAAUGGUGGUGCACUGCAGUGCGGGGGCGGGCAGGACUGGCUGCUUCAUGGUGAUUGACAUCAUGUUAGACAUGGCGGAGAGAGAGGGUGUGGUGGACAUUUACAACUGUGUGAGAGAGCUGCGUUCACGACGGGUGAACAUGGUCCAGACCGAGGAGCAGUAUGUCUUCAUCCACGAUGCCAUCUUGGAGGCAUGUCUGUGCGGGGACACCACCAUCCCAGCCAAUCAGCUGCGGUCGGUCUACUACGACAUGAACCGCCUGGACCCGCAGACCAACUCCAGCCAGAUUAAAGAGGAGUUCAGGACUCUGAACAUGGUGACCCCUACGUUGCGUGUGGAGGACUGCAGCAUCGCCCUGCUCCCCAGGAACCACGAGAAAAACCGCUGCAUGGACGUCCUGCCGCCCGACCGCUGUCUGCCCUUCCUCAUCACCAUCGACGGGGAGAGCUCCAACUACAUCAACGCCGCUCUCAUGGAUAGUUACAAGCAGCCAUCAGCGUUCAUCGUUACCCAGCAUCCCUUGCCAAACACGGUGAAAGACUUCUGGAGGCUGGUCCUUGACUACCACUGCACCUCCAUAGUAAUGCUGAACGAUGUAGACCCAGCACAGCUGUGUCCUCAGUAUUGGCCAGAGAAUGGCAUGCACCGCCAUGGGCCCAUCCAGGUAGAGUUUGUCUCAGCUGACCUGGAGGAGGACAUCAUCAGCAGGAUAUUCCGUAUCUACAAUGCUGCGCGGCCACAGGACGGGUACCGGAUGGUACAGCAGUUCCAGUUCCUGGGUUGGCCCAUGUACCGGGACACCCCUGUCUCUAAGCGCUCCUUCCUCAAGCUCAUCCGCCAGGUGGAGAAGUGGCAGGAGGAGUAUGAUGGAGGAGAAGGACGCACAGUGGUGCACUGUCUGAAUGGUGGAGGACGUAGUGGGACGUUCUGUGCAAUCAGCAUCGUGUGUGAGAUGCUCCGGCAUCAGCGCUCGGUCGACGUGUUCCAUGCUGUCAAAACACUGAGGAACAACAAACCUAACAUGGUAGAUUUACUGGAUCAAUACAAGUUCUGCUAUGAGGUGGCACUGGAGUACUUGAAUUCUGGCUAGCCGGGUCGAAAGCCACACCCCCACCUCCGACCCCCCCCCACCUCCAACCCCCCCAUAAGUUCUACCCCCUCCAAACCCCUACACUUCAGUCUUCCCUGCUUCCCCGGACUCUAAGUGAAUGUUUGAUAGUGGAGAAGAGACAUGAACAAGGUUGUCCCUCACACCAUUAAGGAAAAGGAGAGCAACUGGAAAAUUAAGGAAGAGGGGAGGAACCGGAUGGUUAAGGAAGAGGGGAGGAACCGGACGAUUAAGGAAGAGGAGAAGAACCGGACGAUUAAGGAACAGGGGAGGAACCGGAAUCGGACGAUUAAGGAACAGGGGAGGAACCGGAUGAUUAAGGAACAGGGGAGAAGCCGGACGCUUUGCACUGCUCCCCUCAUUCCCUCCCAGUCUAUCAUGACUGUCUAUGAUGAAGCUGAACUUGACUCUGGCCUUGUAUGUUGACUGGGAUCAGUCUGGACAACACUACUGUACCCCCAAACCCCUCUUAUUGCUCCACCAGACUGUGCUACUGUAUUCACCUGCCCCUCUCACACGCACGCACGCGCACACACACACACACACACACACACACAGAGGUUUUAAUGCUAAUGUCACCCCCUCCCACCUCAUGCAUUGUAUUUUUCUUCUUCAUCUAUCCAACAGAAAAAGCUCUCUUUUUGCCAGUGACUCCUGUUUUUUGCCUUUUUAAACCUCGUCGGAUGAUCAGUGUCAUUUCCAGUGUUUGUGCGGAAUGAGAAAUAAGCGUAAUGUUGAUGAGUUGCUUUUUUAUUCAUGUUUUCAAUUUCCGUUGGCGAUUUAUUUUUUAUUUUUUUAAACAAUGUUUGUUAAUCUGAUGAAGCAGUUUGACAUGUAGGUAAUUCAACUGGCAUAAAGACAGGUCUUAAAUAUGUAUGCUGACAUUGCUUCGGUCGCUAUAAGCAGCCCAUCGUUGUAUUGGCUGGAGGGAAAAAAGAUGUCUGGCUCCAUCCACAAGCAAGCUUUCUGUUACAUCAACUGAUCCAAAGCUUAAUUAAUUGUGGUCAUUAUUGUUAAUAUUGUAAAUAUUUCAAGUUGGACAGACUAUUUAUUCAUUGAGAGUUUUUGUGAAGCACAUUGAGUGACAAUCAUGUUUUUCUUUGGUCAUUUUUUUUUUCUUGUUUCUCAGACUCUGCAAAAUGUUGACCAGAUGUAUUGUAAGCCUUUUAUUUAUCUUGUAUGGAAAAAAAACUACUUACAAAUACAUGCAUAUCUACUGAU